AUGCAGUCUUCCUUCUCGUCCAAUAUCGAACCCGCCGGACGGUUCCACGAGGACACUCUCGAAGACUGUAUAUCUCAGAUCUACGCAGACCUCGAGCAGACGGACACAACUUUUGCGGGGUACCUUAAUACCCUCUGGCAGUCUCACCAGUCGAAUGCCCAACUUCAUACCCAGCCUACCACAUACCCUUCGAUUGCUACCCAAGAUACGAACCUCGUGGAGCUGGACUUCUCGAACGUACCACCGGACUACAAUUUUGACUUUGCCCCCGAGCUCGCCUUCCAGCCUAUUGAGCCGCAGUCGGCCCCGAUAGUUCCUCACGUUCCUUUGUUAACGCCUUCUAUCGAGUCUAUAUUCUCCUGGGCACCAGAGAAUGCAACUUACUGCCGUUAUGUUGAUGGGCCCUCCACGUACGUUUCCCCGGCCCUACCCAUGAACGAGCUCGAUUUUGGUGUCGACCCGAUGGCCGUCGUCUCAAACGACUUGGCGAACUAUUACUCUGAGACUUCGGCGACUACCAAUGGCUACUCUAGCAUCGAUGACUACGUCCUACCACCACCGCCUGACUUUUCCGACUCUGAACCCGAGGCACACCAGUCACCCGCGGUUGAACUUCGCGAAGUACGUCCUAGUAGGAAGAGGAGAGUGAAUCCUAGGUGGUCUCCUUCCAGCGACGAGACUGUGUCCGAUGAUGAAUACCAGCCUGCUUCAAGGAAGCGCCGGGUCGCCAUAUCUCUCCCGCAAGACACCAAGCGUGUCAAGGUCGAGGAAGGAGAAACUAUACUCCAAACGGCCCGACGAGUCGAAGCUGCCGCACGACGCGGUGAAGUUCGGGAAAAUAUCACGGAAAAGGUCAGGACCAACAACAGAGCGUCGGACGACACAGGAAUCUCCCUCACUGUCUAUGACCAACCCCUGCUUGUUCGAUGCCCCGCUUUAUCGGGAUGCGAUAUGCGGUUUGGUUGCGUCAAGGAAGCUUUGGCACACUGUAGACAGUCUCAUCCUGGAGGAUCCGUUCGCCACUUCCGUUGCAUCUUCCGUGAUUGUGAUCAGGGUUUCACUGCUCUUGGUGAUGUUGCACGCCAUGCAGAGUCGUUACUUCACAACCCAAGAAAGGGACAACGUUGUCUAGCAUGCCUUCGUAGCUUCACUCGGGUCGAUGCUUUGAAGAGACACUGCAACCUCGCUGGUGCUGCCCAUGUUGCGCUACACGAGUCGCGAGUCAAGGGUGGCGUUCAGGCCGUUUGUGCCAAUGAUGAAGGGCUUUGGACACUGAAGGCUCCUGAAGGAUACAAAGAUUCCUGCCGAAUUUCCAUGCUUGCGAUCGAUUCCGUAUCUUGGACAGAUCCGGAAACUUCACUCCGAAAGUCCAAGCAGUGA